GAAGGAAGGGGAGGCAGGCACCGACACCUAGGCAGUGAUUACACCGAGUCGGUGCGAGGAGGGAAGCCGCGGCUCCGAAUGGGAAUGUCUCUUUGAAGCAGCGCAGCCCCUACCUGUUGGACCUCACUGCAGGACGGUGUCGCGUCGGCUCGGACCCGCAGGACCUCAGAAAGGACCAAAGUAACAAUUAGAGCAUGUUUCCAGGACUGCUGCUGUGUGUGGCUGUGGCCGUGUACCACGGGACUCGGACCUGCUGUGGAUUUAAUCUAGAUGAACGGUUUCCUGUGAUCAAAGAGGGGAAAACCAAAGGGAGCUUGUUCGGCUUGUCUGUAGCGCUGCACGAUCAAACGCUGGGAUCCGGACAGUACCUGCUUCUUGUGGGAGCACCCAAAGAAAAAGCCAAUUCUCUACCCCAAGUCAAUGAAACAGGUGCUGUUUACUCCUGUCCCAUCUCCACUGACCCUGCAGACUGCUCCAGGAUCAAUCUGGUCAGCGCAACAAAUCCUUCUGAGAUAGUGGAGGGCAUGUGGUUGGGUGUGACAGUGGCCAGUCAGAGGGGCCAGCCAGAUGGACGUGUACUGGCAUGCGGGCAUCGCUACGUGAAGAUCCCCCAGGGUGGUGCAGACGGGCAGAGGCGAAUGAUUGGAAAGUGUUACGUGAGGGGUAACGACCUGAGUUUAGACGACUCUGAUUUCUGGCAGACUGACAGUUAUGAGAUCUGUAACCCCACUCUGGACAAGGAGGCAGAGGGUUUGUGCAACUUGGGCAUCUCAGGUGGCAUGACGGACACUGAUGUCUACCUCGGCUCUACGGGGAGCUUCACUUGGCAAGGAAAUGUUCAUGUAAUCUGGAGGGAUCCAGACCCAUUGAACUCUUUUGACUAUAAUAAAAAAAGCUUUGGAAAGGACCAAAACCGAGACAGUUACAUAGGUUACUCAGUUCUUGAGGAGCGGAAGCUUCUGAGUCGUAACGACCACACAGUAGUGACGGGGGCUCCGAGGGAUAAGUCCAGGGGCUCUGUGCUGUUUGGAAAAAAGACUGAAAACUCUGAAUUUGAGGUGGUACAGACUAUCCCAGGAGAACAAGUGGGAUCUUACUUUGGGAACAGUCUAGCUGUCCUUGACCUCAACAAUGAUGACUGGAACGACCUGAUCGUGGGUGCCCCGUUUUACUUCGACCGUAUGAAGGAUCACGGAGGAGCCGUGUACAUUUACAUGAACGAGAAUGGAUCAUUCCAGAAAACAGCCACCAUGGUGCUGAAAGGUCCAGCCUCCUCUGGGUUUGGCUUUGCACUUGCUGCCAUCGGUGACGUCAACCAGGACGGAUUCCAAGAUUUUGCAGUGGGGGCACCAUUCCAAGACACGGGAAGGGUCUUCAUAUGGAUGGGAAGUAAGAAAGAAAUCUCACAGAAGCCCAGUCAGGUGGUUGAGGGUAAGUCCGUUGGUAACGGACUGUUCAAGACCUUUGGCUACUCCAUCAGUGGAGGAAUGGAUGUAGAUGACAACAGCUACCCUGACAUUUUAGUUGGCUCUUUGGAUGACCAAGUAGCCCUUCUCAGAGCUCGGCCAGUCAUUCAGUUAACUAAAACUUUCAAUGCUGAGCCCAACAUCGUGGAUCCUAAUAACUGUCCUGCUGACAAUCCCUGCAUCACUGUCACCGUGUGCAUGUCUUUCACUCUAAGCAAUGGAAACAAAAACUUCAAGAGAAGCAUAAUUGUGGACUACAAAGUGGAGGCUGACAUGCAGAGGAGACGAAGCCCUCGCGUUCGUUUCCGAAAUAAUGAAGAUACAUAUUCUGGAUCUCUGAGUAUACCAUCUUCCAAAACUGUCUGUGAGGCCCUAAAACUCAGCGUAGUGACACAUUUGAGGGAUAAACUGGAACCAGUGGUGUUUUCGGUCAACAUGUCACUACAAGAACCAAAAGUAAAAACCAGACGCUCCCUACAGAACCUGGACGCCUACCCCAUUCUGAGCCAAGAGCAGAAGCUCACCCAAAGAGCCGAGAUAAACUUUCAGAAGGAGUGUGGCUUGGACAACAAAUGCAGCAGCAACCUACAGAUGACAGCUCAGUUUGCAGACAAUCUUAACAAUCCUUACCCCAGGAAGGAUGGCGUUCAAGUGCUCCUGUUUGACAACAGUAUAAAACAAGUACGGGUGUUGGUGGAUGUGACCAACCUUCCCUCUCCUGGGAGGCUGGCUGAGGACGCCCACCUGACCAUGCUCAACGUCACCUUCACUCAGCCUCUGACAUACUCUGGAGUCAGACCUGAGAGCUUAGAAUGCACCACUGUUGGGACACAAUCAGUCAUUUGUGAGCUGGGAAAUCCAAUAAAAGGCAAUGAAAAGUUGUCUUUGCAGAUACAGCUGGAGUCCUCUGGCAUUGACCUAUACACAGAAGAAAUAGAAGCUCUGCUGGUUCUGUCUACUGUUAGUGAGCAGAGUGACCUGAUGCCUGUGGUGACGACUAUGAUGAUAGAAAACGUCAUUCAAACCACCUUAACUGGUACGAAUGUACGAACCAAAUUUGGUGGCAAAGUGAUGGGCGAGUACGCCAUGAAGAACACCAGUGACGUAGGCAGCCUGGUGGAGUUGACCUUCGAUGUGGGCAUGAAUGGACAGCGACUGGGAAACAUGGGGACCCUUGCUGUGGAUUUCCAGUGGCCCUAUGAGGUUGCCAAUGGGAAGUGGUUGCUGUACCUGACACAGAUUGUUGUUUCAGGACAAUCAGAAAUGGAAUGUGAACCAUCUGGAGGAGUUGUCAACUUUCUUAAACUAAAGUUGUCUAAGAGCAAAUCCAAACGUGCUAAACGACAAGCAGAAGAUCAUGUCAAUGCAACUAUGCAGCACCUUAAUGUGGAGUCACAGGCAGCAACCACGUUGCUCACACCUCGGAAAAAGUACCUGUUGGAUUGCUCUGUGGGGACAGCUAGAUGUGUGACUUUUACCUGUCCACUGCUCAAUAUGUCCAACACAGCCAAGAUACAUGUCUGGUCCCGUUUAUGGAACAGUACAAUGCUGGAGGACUAUUCCGAUGCCCUCAUCAUUACGGUCAAAGGUCAGGCCACACUGAAACUCAUCACAGACAAACCAACCAUCAAGAUGGACAACCAGACCUUUGAAUUUUCAGUGGAGAUAGAAUCAGAGGAGAUGGUGGAGGCCAUCUAUGUGCUUCCUGUUUGGAUCAUCAUAUCUUCAGCUGUAGCAGGAAUCGUUCUAUUAGGAAUCAUCAUUCUUAUACUGUGGAAGUGUGGCUUCUUCCAGAGAGCUAGCAGGAGGGAGAUUUAUGAGGCCAAAUCCCAGAAGGCUGAGAUGAAGAUCCAGCCCUCUGAGACAGAGAGGCUGACUGAGGACUACUAAGACCCCUACGUGUUUACCGACAGCACACAUCAAAGGGGUUUUGGCAGCUUGGAUUCUUCAAGCGAUCCAUCUACUACCGGAUAAUGCCGAAGCACCAGGGGGUGAAAAUUCGCAGAGCUGAACGUUAUCAGUUCAAACUGGGAUUUCAGCCUGAGGAUCCACAGAAAAAGUACUGGAUUACCAGCUGGACAGAGAUGCAGCGUUGCUACUACUGAUGCCUAAACUUUGCUCUGAACCCUGAACCACCCACCGCCACGGGCUGGGUGGAGAGCACCGAUCCUCACUGAGCCAUAUUGAGACACUGCAGCGCACGCAACAAAUACAGAAAGUGCAUUUCAGAUUUUUUAAUUAUAUUUCUUCAACUUUUUCUGUGCAAUAUGCCGAACAUUUUUUCCUGAGAUUGUAAUUUGUUAAGUAUUUUUGUUGGUUGCAGUGUUAGCCUCUGCCAUGUGCUGAAUCUGGAGACUGCAUGCAGAAUUUCAUCUCUUUUUCACCUGUUCUUAUAUCUUUUAAGCGACUUUUUUGUUGAUUCGUUCGUUUUUGUCUACAUUGUCUCUUGUCGCUAGAUUUUUUUUUUAUAUGUGAAUUGUCAUUUCAGUUCAGUCCCAUUUACCCUUAACUUGCUGCACAGAGGUAUCAUUUUAGUUCAUAUGGAAUUCAUUCAAUAACUUCUCGUUAAUUUCCACAGGCAAAGGUCAUUCGAACCUCAGCUUCCUGAUUGUGUGUCAAUUAAGUCAUUAGGGUACAUUUUAUUAUUUAUUACACCAGAAAGACCAAGAUUUUUACACAGGGAGUCGAAACACUGGAAUUAAAAGGAGAUUAUUUUGGUCUUUUAUUAUAAACUCCAGCAUGGAUGAAUGAAAUUGAAAAUGGUGUGAAAGAAUGCUUGUUUUUCUGCUCGUUAGUGGCUGACGCUGGAAAGGUUGGAUGAAUGGUAAAAAUGAUCUGUAUUUGUAUAGCUCCUUCUUAGGGUUCCACAACCCCCCCAAGGCGCUUCACAGCACAGUCAGUCAUUCACCCACCCAUUCACACGCUGGUGGUAAUGAGCUAUGUUGUAGCCACAGCUGCCGUGGGGCACACUGAACAGAGGCAAGGCCUGACAUUCACUGGUGCCACCGGUUCCUCUGACCACCACCAGCAGGCAAGGCGGGUUAAGUGUCUUGCUCAAGCACACAACAGCAGAAUUCUCUGGUGGGAGCAGAGAUCAAACCUGCAACCAUCUAAUUACAGGACAACCUGCUCUACCUCUUGAGCUACUGCUGUCCCUGGAUAAACAAAGACUCUCUGUGAGGUCGAACCACGGCACUGAGAUAAAACAGUCCUUAGUUGGGACUAAAUCCUGUGUUUCCUGGCCCCAACCCUAAAAGCUCUAGGGUACUCUGUCAUGUGAGGCUUCAGUCGGUGUCGGUGUGGGGAGGGGGGAGGGUGGGAACAGGAAGGGCUGAAACAAAUGCACAAAUGCUUUUUUUUGUACUGUGUAGUUCAAAUGUAAUUAAAUUGUUUUUAACAACC